CAUGGCAUAGGUACUAAAAUAAAAGAAAGAAAGGUUUGAUGCAUAGAGACAUAAAAUCAGAAAAUAUGCUUUUUAGAAAGUCUGUCUCCCUUCAGUAGUUUGGUUUAUCUAUAAAGGAGGCCCAUUAAUUAGUGAUGUUGGAGUAUCCUCUACAAUAUAGAAAUAACAUAAUGUUUAUUAAUUUUGUGGGUACUAUGGAUAUAUGGCACCAGAAAUAUUUAUUAGUGAGGAGGACAAAUCAAAAUAGUAUGAUGAGAAAUGUGAUGUUUUUAGUUUAGGUUGCUUAAUUUAUGAAUUGUAUAGGAAAUUAAUUUAAUAAGAACUACUACUAAACCUCUCUUUUCAGGCAAUAAUGUAUUAUGAUAAAACUUUAGAAAAGUAUAUCAACUAAUGAAAAUGUUGAAUCCCAAUCCAGAUUAAAGAAUUUCGUGUUCAGAAUUGUAAAUCAUCCAGUUAUCUCAGUAGA